UGUACACUGUGACAUGUCUAGUAUAAUUGUAAGGUCGUUGUAUGUGUUUUUAUAAGAUGAACAGCCCAAAAUCAUCAAUAUCUCGCCAAUCAGUCCACUCGGCCUCUGACAAAAGGAUCAGUUCAAGUAACUCGAACGAUGUCUCUUCACAAACAUUUGCUGAACCGACUAAUGAAAGUGACUAUUCUGACGAGGAAGAUGCCUUGUUACUUAAAGAUUUUGAUGAAGACGAAGCUCGGCAGAAAUUGUUGGAGUUUAGGGGGAGUCAUAAAGUGACUUUAAGUCAAGAGAUCCAAAAGGAAGUUGGUCUUGAAGUCGGUGUAAACAUAACUGCGGAACAUCCAUUUAAACAAAUAAAGCGAACCAUAAUCUUGGACAGUCUAACAGAUGAAUCAUUGGAAAUCGAAAAGCUUCGGGACGUGCUCAACCGAUCAGAAAUGGAUGUGGUCCUAGUAGGAUAUGUUCCCGUGCCCACCGUAUCGGGAAACCAAGAUAAAUUUCUGUUUUUUCAAAACGACUCAGUCGCUCGUGAGGCUAGUGAAAUAAUCGAAAAACUGGAGGCAUGCGAGCGAAAGAAAUCGCAUCGUUCUAUUUACAAACGACCUCGGCCGUGGAGGUCGCUGGGUAGUGAAAAGGAAGUUGAUUUUUUGGUUGAUAGAGAGAAUAAGAAAUCGGUCGAUGUCGACAUCCAGUGCAUUUACAAAGUCAAUGACACUCACACUCCGUUCACGCAACGUUUGGUUGCCGAUGCAAGAGACGGAUACAUUGAUUUGGUUCUUAAGAAAGGCACUUUUGAGAACUUAGAACGGAAAAGAAUUGACAUUCCCAUUCAAUCGUCAGCUAAACGAGUGACAAGAGAACAACAAACGGAUCCAACAUUUCCGUCAGAUGAAUGGUCCCAGUAUUUGUAUCAGAUUGAGAGAAAUGAGAAGGAAUUGGCUGAGGCUGAGGCUAAAGAAGAAGCUGGAAAAUUGAAAAUCAAGGGAGCUGCUCCGCCAGAACCAAUUAAACCGUCUUUUCAAGCGAAGGAACUUUUAGAGACUCUAGAAUUCAAUGAGGUUGAUAUGUACAGAAAUGAUUAUCCGUACGUCGCUAAAAAGCAGUUGACAAAGUACAAAACUCCGCAUCUCAAAGAAGCGUUUUGUUUUAUCAACCUGUCUCAAAGCAUUGGCCGCUAUGUGUCAUCAAUUUCUUGGAAUCCGAAAUACUCGUCAAUAUUUGUAGCAGCCUACACAUCGAGUACAUUGAGUACACUAAUUGAUAAUUCGGAUAAGACGGACAGCGUUAAAGAAACGGUUCUGCAACCAAGCACUGUCCUUUUGUGGACCUUCGAUGACAUUUUCCAGCCUCAAAUGCAGCUCAGUACUCCACAAGAGGUUUCGUACCUCUCAUAUUGUCCAUACGACGAAGAUUUAAUAGUCGGUGGACUGGUCAACGGUCAGUUAAUACUAUGGAACAUGACGAAUCGUUUGGCCGAUGUCGAGAAAGAAGUGACCGCUCGACUGAACGUAGAUGUAAAGAAGAAGGGUUUACGUUCAUUUCUGGAUUGGGAAGAAAAUAAUCAAUUUCGAAUUGUUCAACCAGUCGGACUAUCAUCGCUAACGGUAUCGCAUACAGCACCCAUAACGGCCAUCAAAUGGUAUGGCCGGAAGCAUUAUGUUGACUCGACGGGUGCUGUACGGGAAAAUGUGGAUCCAAAUGAUGACAAAGAAUAUCGAAAUUUUCUCACAACUUCGCUGGAUGGAUGCAUCUCGUUUUGGGAUUUAGACUUUUCGUCAGACGAUAAGAAGAAAGGGGUCGCUAUUUUGAGGGAGAAAUACAGUGCCAAUUGUGGUCCGGUAUUCACAAUAGUAUUCGGUCGUCCCAUCACGAAUAUUUUGUUUGACGAUGGCAUUUUCAAGUACAAACCCGAUACAAAUCCGAAAAAUCGUAAGAUUACAACCAGAGUAUCACAUAGCGUCGAACAGCAACACCGGGAAGAUUCUAAAAAUCGUCUUAUCGUUUCGACUGCGAUUGGAGACUUGGCCUUACUUCCAUUGGAUGUAAUCGAUCCGGUUCCUGAUAGUAAAAUGCCUCGAGGAAAAAUUGAAAACCCUGAAUUAUUCGCGAGCGUUCAUGAUGGCCGCAUAUACAAUAUAUCGAGAAAUCGUUUUCUGUAUAACUUGUUCCUGACAUUCGGUCGACGAGUUUUGGCCUUGUGGGACGAGGAACAUAUUCAAGCGCCAAUAUUUUGGAGAUAUUGGAACGUACAGUUGACCGAUGCUAAAUGGAGCAACGAUAAGCCGUCUGUGUUCUUCGUGACAACAAUUGAUGGAAAUUUCGAAGCUUGGGAUAUAUUGAGUCGAACCGAUGGACCAUGUUUAGUGGAGAGUAUCGGUGGAAAUAUUCUAACAUUGAUAUCGCAACAUAAGCUGUCCUUACCAAAAUCAGCAGUAGCUAUCGGCGAUUUCAAUAGCAACGUGAGAAUUUUUCAAAUACCAGACACAUUGACGGCUCCAAAAGAAAAUGAAACCGAGAUACUGAAAAUGUUCAUCGAACACAAAGUUCAACGUAAGGAUUCACUGAACAAAUGGCAGGAUGUUUACUACAAUGCAAAUGCUGAUGUCAGAGAAGCUAAGCGUAUAACUUUCGAACAAGCAAAACAGGAACUAGAACGCUUAGAUAAACAAUUGAGAGAUCAGGAAGAUGAGCGGAUUAGGAAAGAAGAAGAAGAAUUGAAAAAAGAAAAACUUAAAGGCAAAAGCAAAGCUCAUUACGAUUUUGCCGAGAAAUUGUCGCGUAAAUGGGACGAAAUGAAUAUGAAGCGCAUGAUGAAUGCUGUUCUUGCUAAGAAAUUUAUCGAUCCGGAACUGUUAGCGUUAUGGUCCCAGCCAGAAAAAGAUCGUAUCGCUUACAAUGAACAGAAGCGUAAAGCUAUCGCUGAGAGCUUUAGCAAAAUAAACGAAGACGUUGAGGAACUACGGUCACGAUUAAUUCCAAUAGAAACGAACAAUGACGACAGAGUGACUGUCAUCAAAAGAAAUAUUGGCAUUCUGGAGGAAAGCAGUGGACUUGACUUUGAGAGUUUAAGAGACAGUUCGUCGAUAGAAGCGGACGCGCAUCUAUGUGAUGAUAUGGAUUACUUAACUAUCUUGAAUCGUGGCCAUAAGAGGCGGCAAGUGAUUAAUGAUAUGCUCGGUUCAAAUAAUAGACGAAGACCUUGCUUCAGAAAUCAAAAUAACAACGAAAAUAACAUUGUUGUAAAUUGUUCAAAAAUGUCUGAGACUUCACAAUGAAGAGGAUGGAUACCCACCCAUUGGUUUUGGUGUUAAAAAAUCUAGUAACCAGUAACUAGUUAAGGAACAUCGAACAGACAAUAAAAUUCA